CGGCGCUGGAUGAGCGUGCGUCCACUCGUGAAGGAGACAACACCAACCGGGACAGGAUCCUUGCCCACAGCCCGCAAAAAGGUCACCAUCCAGUCGCUGCACAAGCAGCGCGCCUCCGGGAUCCCCAUCACCGUCAUGACCGCGUACGACUUCCCCACCGCCCGUGCAUGCGACACGCACGGCGUCGACAUCACCCUCGUUGGCGACUCCCUCGCCCAGGUCUGCCUCGGCUACGACAGCACCACGCGCCUCACCCUCCCUGAGAUGAUCCACCACUGCCGCGCCGUCGCGCGUGGCACCGCCGCCCCGUUCCUCGUCGCCGAUAUGCCCUUUGGCAGCUACUUCGAGGGCCCCAAGGAGACGAUGGCAGCCGCAGUGCGCAUGCUCCAGGAGGGACACGUCGAGGGCGUCAAGAUCGAGGGCGGGAUCGAGAUCGUGGACUCGGUGCGGGCGCUUACGCGGAUCGGCAUACCGGUGAUGGCGCACGUGGGGCUCAUGCCCCAGCGGCACACCGCGCUGUCGGGGUACCGCGUGCAGGGGCGGACGGCGCAGGGGGCGAGGGAGAUUCUGCAGGCAGCGCUUGCGCUCGAGGAUGCGGGUGCGUUCUCGAUGGUGCUCGAGGCGAUCCCUCACGAGCUCGGCGCGUACAUCACGUCGCGGUUGAAGAUUCCAACGAUCGGCAUAGGAGCGGGGCCGGGGACGAGCGGGCAGGUAUUGGUGUAUGAUGAUGUGAUGGCAACCUGGCUUGGGCACAAGGCCAAGUUCGUGCGGAGGUUCGCGGACGUCAAGGGCGAGGUGAAGAAGGGCAUCACGAGCUACGUGGAUGCGGUGAAGGACGGGUCAUUUCCGAGCGUGGCAGAGGAGAGCUAUCACAUGGAUCCUGAGCAGUUCAACCAGUUUCUUGAGAUGAUGGAUGACCAGAGUUGGGUACUUCGAUCGAGUAAAGCAGAGUAGAAUCCCCUUUUAUGGUGCCCCAGCACCAAAUUUGUAACUUUAUCAGUAUAUAUUCACC